AAUCAUCAAAAAUGCCAUUGAAAUACGCAGUUUUCUUGCAGUCUUUGUCGAUACAGUGAAACACAUCGUAUACAUUUAUGUAUAUUAUGUUUCCACUAUUAUUAAUAUAUUGGGAACAUCUUUAAUCUGUUGAAAUAGUGUUCGGAUUAUCAUCUUUGUUAGCGACGCAUACUGCGUUUUUCUUGCGCAGCGUUGUUUACCUCAGGAUACUUAGUGAGGGAGAGCAAAUGAAAACUUGAAACUCUAAAAAGAAACAAUCAACGAAUUCCUGUUUAAUGUUUCAUAACGAGUGAACAAGUAGAUUAAGGACAAGCAGGAAUAAUUUUAUUGUACCAGUACGCAGCAAAAUGGACAUGAACAAUAAACCCACGUUUGAUCCUAAAGAACACCAGCAUUUAAGGUACAAUCCUCUGCGGGACUCAUGGGUUUUGGUCUCGGCCCAUCGGAUGAAGCGUCCAUGGAAAGGACAGGUGGAGAAACCGCCAGAGGACAACAUCCCACGGCAUGAUCCAAACAACCCUCUGUGUCCUGGCAGUGUGAGAGCUAAUGGAGAGCUGAAUCCUGAGUAUGACAGCACAUUCAUGUUUGACAAUGAUUUUCCUGCUCUUCAGCCUGAUGCUCCAGACCCCGGUUCGGAUCAUCACCCUCUUUUCCAGAGCAAAGCAGCCAGAGGCGUUUGUAAGGUCAUGUGUUUCCACCCCUGGUCUGACAUCACCCUCCCCCUGAUGCAGCCUGCAGAGAUCCGCAAAGUGAUUGACAAGUGGGCAGAUCUGACCGUAGAGCUCGGUGCUACAUAUGCAUGGGUUCAGAUCUUUGAGAAUAAAGGAGCCAUGAUGGGCUGUUCAAACCCUCAUCCUCACUGUCAGGUUUGGGCCAGUAAUUUUCUUCCGAACGAGGCAUCGUUGGCAGAGCGCUGUCAGAGAGACUUUUUGCAGAAGCACGGAGAGCCAAUGCUGGUGCAGUACGCUCGGAUGGAGGCACAAGCACAGGAGCGCGUGGUUGUAGAAAACGAGCACUGGUUAGUGGUGGUGCCGUAUUGGGCGACAUGGCCCUUCCAGACACUGCUGUUGCCACGACGACAUGUCCUGCGUCUUCCUGACCUCACAACCCAGGAGAGAGACAGUCUGGCAUCCAUAAUGAAAAGACUCCUGACGAAAUAUGACAACCUCUUUGAGGUCUCCUUCCCCUAUUCAAUGGGGUGGCACGCAUGUCAAGCUCUAGGCCACUGCACCAUUAUACAAGAUCUACAUUGCAAGUACAGAUGCCAGCCAAAUAUGCUCUUGCCCAGAGCGCCAACAGGCAGUCAUCUGAAUAAAAACAUGAGCCACUGGCAGCUUCACGCUCACUAUUAUCCACCUCUACUGCGAUCCGCAAACAUCCGCAAAUUUAUGGUUGGGUAUGAGAUGCUGGCUAAUGAACAGAGGGAUCUUACACCCGAACAGGCUGCAGAACAGUUAAGGAAGCUCAGCGAGGAACAUUAUAAGGUGAAGAAAGCAGAAGGUAAAAGCGGAGUGGAGAACUAAAAGACUGUGACCUGUCCACCACCUUCUGUGUCCAAUGGCCAGAUAAUGAGAACAUAAAACUGCAAGAAGCAGAUGGAGCCAUUAGACGACUCAUCUGUUUUAGUGCAAAGAGUUGAAGAUUUCAACUAACUACUUUUUUCUUGUCUUCUCAUUCAGGUUUAAAGUUAAAAUUGGCUCCCAAGUUUUCUGGUUAGGGCCUCCAAGGCCAAAGCAUGUAAGCUGGUAAUUGCUCUGUUGAAAGCCAAAGUGAUUUUCCAGAAAGUUUCAAAUGACAAGCUAUAAUCUUUACAAUGUGCUGUUUCUAUUGAUUUAAUGAACUCUGUUUGUGCUCUUUGAGCAUUUCUGAAUAUAAAUUUGUGUUAAUACUUUCGAUGAAAUAAAGCUUAGACACUGAUUAUAA